AUGCGGUGCUGGGGACUGUGUUCCCUCGCUGUCAGCUUCCUCUCUCAUACUGAGGUUUUAGCUGCCCCAGAUCAUUGCGGAAAAGCCUGCCGACAAACAUUUCGGACUCUUCGAUUUGCCGAUGCCCCUCCGGGUGUCUUCUUCACUGUACAGGAAUGCACCAGCUUCAUUUAUCAGACUUCGCUGCAUCUUUGCUGGGAAAUACACUGCGCUGAGGAUAUUUGGCAGGCAGAGUCUGCCUCGAUGAACUUGACAUGCCACGAUAUCAGCGGUUCUUAUCUUCCGCCACACAAUAUCAUCAAUAACCUUACAGACCACGAUAUCGAAGCUAUUACAAGAUUUAAUGCCACAAGCCCCGAUCGAUUACACGUUUAUGGAGCGUUGAUGCUUCCUUCACAGUCAUACUAUGAUCUAUGGGUCAGAACGCUGGAAGCGCACGAUUUCAUAUGGGACUACCACAACUAUUACGGCUGGGCUAUGGGGAUGUUCUGGGGUUUGGUCAUCGGAGUGGGCAUCGUGAACCGGGCUCUCGGCCAAACCCUCUCCAGUCUAGGUCGAAAUAGGGCAUGGGACUACGGGGGCUGGGGUACCUUGCCUCCUAGGAUCCAGACAUUGACUCUCAUUACUUUUGUGAUCGUCAACAUAGCAUGUACUAUACACGGAUACGAGAUAUUUGAAGGUUAUGGCUACUACCCCUCCGUUUGGACUCAAGUACUGCGGCACGUAUCUGAUCGAACUGGGAUACUUUCCUUCGCCAACUUCCCCUUGAUAUGGCUGUUUGGAAUGAGGAAUAACAUCGCCAUCUGGUUGACGGGCUGGGACUUCAAAACUUAUAACAACUUCCAUCGAUGGGUUGGUCGGAUCGCCACUUUACAAGCCGUGAUACAUUCAAUCGGAUACACUAUUAUAAUUCUGCAACGUGGUGGAUGGAAAUACUUCUGUCAAAUAUGGACAUUUACCUUUUGGUGGACUGGGGAGCUUGCCACAAUAUUCAUCUGUCUGCUGGUGGGACUCUCUAUGUUCUGGGUAAGGCGUGAAAAUUACGAGUUCUUUCUCAUCACGCACAUCGUCUUAUCAUUUUGGAUCCUCGUUACCAUGCUUGGACAUGUGUCGAUAUUCAGUGGUGCCUACGAUCCUCUUGUGUGGGUUCCAGCACUGAUCUGGCUUCUUGAUCGAGUCGUUCGCGGAUUGCGCAUCAUGGCCUUCAAUCCGAAGUUCUGGAACACAAAGGCUCUCAUCACAUACAACGAAGAUGCUCACAUGAUCCGCGUGACAGUUCCGACCUCUUCGAGUCUCUACAGCAUUGAGCCUGGGACAUUCUAUUAUAUCAUGGUGCUCAAUCGACGGAACUUUUGGGAAAGCCAUCCUUUCACGAUAGCAACAAUAUCGGAACCCGGCCGAGGCGACACAGAUACUCUGGGAGAAGAUGCACCGUUGCUGGACUAUGGAUCCUCUAGCGAACUGAGGCUUCCAUUGAAAAAGUCCCAACGGCAAAUGACCUUCUUGAUUCGGCCGUAUGAUAGCUUCACUUCUCGACUAAGGGAGUAUGCCGAAGAAGAACGACCGAAGCCGGCGACAGUACGUAUGGUUGUUGGCGGCCCAUACGGAAAGACUCUGCCUCUCGAACGCUUUGAAAAGGUUCUAUUCAUCGUCGGUGGAAGCGGAAUAGCGGUCCCCCUGUCCUAUCUUCCGAAACUGACGACAUCUUCGAACAAGCCAUUAAGGAUCGAGGUUCACUGGGCUGUGCGACAGUCAGCUUUCGCCGUUGAUGUUCUGAAUCAUGAAUUGAGCGAUAUUCCCGGUAAUGAUCGGGUAGAGAUCAACAUAUAUCUGACUGUCAGCGGCGUUGAUGGCAGAAUGGCAUGUGAUGAGAUAAUCUACAGACUCGCGAAGUGGAGGUCAACACGACUGAACGUAGAACACAUUAUUGAUAGAGCGUUAGAGGAUGGAGACGAAGAGAGUAUCGCAGUAGUCACAAGCGGUCCCGCCAAGAUGGCGGAUGAGAGCAGAUGCGUGGUUGCGGCAAGGACAGUGCCGUCUUGCUCGCGUAUUGAGUAUUUCGAGGAAAGCUUCCAGUGGUGA